AUAAUUCACAAUGUCUUCAUCACCGCUCUGCGACAACAACAUGCAUCUCUUUCUCCUCUUCUUCUACCUUUUCUUCUCCGUUAACCUCUCUUCACAACACAACACCACCGCAACCUCAUUCUCACUCUCUUUCCCUCUAACCCCACUUUCUCUCUCCACCAACACAACCUCAAAGAUGCUAUAUACCUCUAUGGUUUCAAACCCACGACUCAAAACACCUUCUUCUUCCUACAACUACAAGUUAUCGUUCAAGUAUUCGAUGGCUCUCAUCGUGAACCUUCCCAUCGGAACGCCACCGCAGGUUCAGCCAAUGGUGUUGGACACCGGAAGCCAACUCUCUUGGAUUCAGUGUCACAAAAAAGCACCCAAACCUCCCCCAACGGCGUCGUUUGACCCUUCUCUCUCUUCCACUUUCUCUAUCCUUCCUUGCACUCACCCUGUUUGUAAACCCCGAAUUCCCGAUUUUACCCUUCCCACUUCGUGUGACCAGAACCGCCUCUGCCAUUACUCUUACUUCUACGCCGACGGGACAUACGCCGAGGGAAAUCUCGUCAGAGAAAAAUUUACCUUUUCUCGUUCCCUUUCUACCCCUCCCUUGAUACUCGGUUGCGCCACGGAAUCUACCGACCCCAGGGGCAUUUUGGGAAUGAAUCGGGGACGCUUGUCCUUCGGUUCUCAGUCAAAAAUAACUAAAUUCUCUUACUGCGUACCCAUUCGUCAAACCCGACCCGGAUCCAUCCCGACCGGGUCGUUUUACCUCGGUGACAACCCGAAUUCAUCCGGGUUUAAGUAUGUUGAAAUGUGCACUUUUGCUCAGAGUCAACGCAUGCCGAACCUUGACCCGUUGGCAUACACCGUCCCCAUGCAGGGAAUAAGGAUCGGCGGGAAGAGGUUGAAUAUUUCGCCGGCGGUUUUCCGUGCGGAUGCUGGCGGGUCUGGUCAAACCAUGGUUGACUCCGGGUCCGAGUUUACGUAUCUGGUUAAUGAGGCUUAUGAUAAGGUGCGGGCGGAAGUAGUGAGGGUUGUAGGGCCAAGGAUGAAGAAGGGUUACGUGUACGGUGGAGUUGCUGACAUGUGCUUUGAUGGGAACGCGGUUGAGAUCGGACGGUUGAUAGGGGACAUGGUGUUUGAAUUUGAGAAGGGCGUGGAAAUUGUGAUUCCCAAGGAGAGGGUUCUCGCUGACGUUGGAAGUGGGGUCCAUUGCGUGGGGAUUGCAAGCUCAGAUAAAUUGGGUGCGGCCAGUAACAUUAUUGGAAAUUUUCACCAGCAAAACCUGUGGGUGGAGUUUGAUCUGGCCAAUCGUAGAGUGGGAUUCGGUGGCGCUGAUUGUAGCAGAUUGGCUAAGUAGCGAGAGGGAGGGGGAACGGUUCGAUACGUGUUGGUGCAUGUUACUUACGUGUUUCCGCUGUAGCUAACUACUAGCUAGGGUUUAAAACAAGUUUUUGCGCGAAGGAAAUAUCAACGUAUCACGUGCGUGAUCUCUGAUCAUCAGAGCGAUGAUUGUGAAAUUGAAAUCACACGGUCCAAGAAAGAAGAAGAAAAAGCAAUCUUCCACAUCUGGUACCAUGAUGCCACGAAAAUGUCGUUCGUUUCGAAACGACGCAAAGAUGUGGGGCUUUUUUGUACGAUGCGUCAAGGCACAUUAGUUACACUAUCGUAUGAACGAGAUUGAUCGAUGUAUAUAUGAGGAUUAGAGGAGAUAUUAUAAUAUUAUUAAUAUUAAUAUAAAUACAAAUGAACCAUGGGUUUCUUUUAAAAGAUAUAUAAUAUAUUGUAUAUGUUAAUAUGAAUGUCCUACUUGAACCUUCUAUUUAAUUGUGUUAUUUACUUUUGCAUUUAACGACCAGUUUCAAAUGAUAUAGCCCAGUUCUUUCAAGGGUUAACUAAAUCUGAUGCUCAUUGCUGCUUGCAUGCAUUUACAAAAUCACUAUCUAUCAUUUACAUAUGUGGUGGGUUGAAGACCUAAACCCCCAUGAUUGCAUCUUAAUAUGUCAUUGUCGUGCUAAUAAUGAACCCCCUUUUAACAACCCUCAAAUGCGUGUUCUGCAUUAAGUUCAAAAGCUCGUAUAUAAAUGAAUAUAAAACCAAUUUAAUGUUUUUAUUGAUGGUAUUGGGAACCGUGUAAAUGGAUGUAAUUUGUAACUUUUAGGUUAUAGCUAAGCUGCAGAUAUGCACAUUUUUAUCAGAGCAAAAAAUAAUGCAUCCUAAUUGGAAUUUUGCCAUUGACAAGUUCUAUAGGUGGAUUGAAAAUGACUCGUGUAUUUGGUUAGUAAUGACGGCUGUUAAGUCCUUUCUUAACUCUUCACGGAAGACGCUUAUAAGUUUAAACCAAUUGAUGAUGCACUAAUGCCAAAAAGAAAUUUUGACAUUAGGAUACAAUAAAAUAAGGUUUAUCGAGAAAAGGAAAAGGUUAUGUCUUUGAUAAGAAAAAGGACAAAAGCGUUAGAAGUAGAAGGGAAAAGCAAAAGAGAUUUUAUAAUUAUUAAGAAGAAUAAUACUUUAACGCACUCUUUUUAAUAUAUUUUUAUUGUUAAUUA